AUGCAAGCAGCCGAGAAGAGUUCAUGGACAUUUGGCGAGGUGUACUGCACCAUGUUAGUGGCGUGCAUGAGUGGGACCUGGAUCGUGCUGAACCGCAGAUGGCUGAAGGAUGUGGAGAAGUUCCUCACAUUUCGGACCACCUCACAGCUGGAAUCAUUCCAAAACCAUAUUCUGAUCCGUCCGGCACAUGUGAACAGCAAAGGCCAAGUGUCCCUAAAGAGACUCGCGCUGGCCAGCACUUUAUACAGAGAGACAGGUCCUGGCAGAAUUUAA